GUAUUACAACAAGGAAAAACAGGAUCCACUUAAACAGAAAAAACAGAUUGUCGAUGGCAAGAGGACUCAACAUGGCAUUCCUUGCAGCAAUUGCUAUAGCUGCUUUGAUACAAACCUCAGUGGCGCAAACAACCCAUACGGUGGGUGAUACCACAGGUUGGGCCAUUCCUACUGGUGAUCCUGCUUUCUACUCAUCAUGGGCUGCAAACCAAACCUUCAAUGUUGGUGAAAUUCUAGUGUUUAAUUUUAUGGCCAACGCGCAUGAUGUUGCCAAGGUGACAAAGGCAGAUUAUGAUGCUUGCACCACAAGCAGUCCCAUUUCUUUGGUAGAAACCAGCCCAGCAAGAAUCAACCUUGAUGCUUCAGGAGAACACUAUUUCAUUUGCAAUUUUACUGGCCAUUGCUCUGCUGGUCAAAAGAUGAUGAUCAAUGUUAGUGCUGCAUCUUCUUCUCCUUCUCCAGCUCCUCAGACAUCUUCUCCUGCUCCUCAACCUUCUACUCCAACUCCUCAAUCUUCUCCUUCUCCUCAACUUUCUACUCCAACUCCUCAAUCUUCUCCUUCUCCUCAACCUAGCACUCCUGCUCCUCAACCUUCUACUCCUGCUCCUCAACCUAGCACUCCUGCUCCUCAACCUAACACUCCUACUCCAGCUUCUGGUCCAUCACCACCUGCACCUACCCCAGCUUCUGGUUCACCACCCUCACCACCAACUGCCACACCACCUGCACCUGCCCCAGCUUCUGGUUCACCACCCUCACCACCAACUGCCACACCACCUAGUACUGUUGCUCCACCAAACUCUGCCAGAUCUCUUGGUUUCGCUAGCUUUACCACUUUCUUUUCCAUUUUUGUAGUUUUUUUGUGCUAUUAGAUUACAUGUGGUUAAGAGUUUGAUUAGUGUGAUUCAUUUUUAUGUGAGGUUCUUGUUAUACAGAUUUUUUUUACAUACAAUAAAGCUCCUUUUUUUUCCUUUA